AUGUAUGGGCGGUACACCCAGGAGCUGGGUGUGUAUGCCAAGGAGGAAGCGGCCCGCCUACGGGAUGGAGGAGUGCGGGAUGGUGGAGGACUGAGGAGGAGCACCAGCGUUCGUAGUCGUGCUGCAGAUCUGCUGGAGUAUGAGAAAGACCCCUGUGCAAAGUGCCACUUGUGUGCGUCUCGCUGCCAGAAGUUCCUGAUCUCACGGGUAGGGGAGGACUGGAUCUUCCUCAUUCUGCUGGGUCUGCUCAUGGCUCUGGUCAGCUGGGUCAUGGACUACGCCAUCGCCUUCUGCCAAGAAGCACAGAAGUGGAUGUAUGCUGGACUGGACAGUAACCUCCUUCUGCAGUACAUCGCCUGGGUCACCUACCCUGUAGUGCUCAUCACUUUCUCAGCAGGAUUCACACAGAUACUGUCGCCUCAGGCUGUGGGUUCAGGUAUUCCAGAGAUGAAGACGAUCCUGCGGGGCGUGGUCCUGAAGGAGUACCUGACCUUUAAGACGUUUGUGGCCAAAGUCAUUGGUCUGACCUGUGCUUUGGGCAGUGGGAUGCCUCUGGGGAAGGAGGGACCCUUUGUUCAUGUUGCCAGUCUGUGCGCCGCUCUCUUGAGCAAAUUCAUGGCUGCUCUGUUUGGUGGGAUUUUCAUGGACGAGCCCUUUGAGGGAAGCAAGAACGAGCUGAGGAACACAGAGAUGCUGUCGGCCGCCUGUGCAGUGGGUGUGGGCUGCUGCUUCGCCGCCCCUAUUGGAGGGGUGCUGUUCAGUAUUGAGGUCACUUCAACGUUUUUUGCGGUGAGAAACUACUGGAGGGGCUUCUUUGCCGCCACCUUCAGUGCUUUCAUAUUCAGAGUGCUGGCAGUGUGGAACAAGGAGGAAGAGACCAUCACUGCUCUCUUUAAGACCCGUUUCCGUCUGGACUUCCCGUUUGACCUUCAGGAGCUGCCAGCAUUCGCCAUCCUCGGGAUUGCCUGUGGUUUUGGUGGCGCUCUGUUUGUCUACCUGAACCGGCUGAUUGUGGAGUGCAUGAGGAAACAGAAGACUAUCAACAAGUUUCUCCUGAGGAAGCGCCUGGUGUAUCCUGCCCUCGUCACCCUGCUGAUCUCCACACUCACGUUCCCUCCGGGCUUCGGGCAGUUCAUGGCUGGACAGCUGACACAGCACGAGUCUCUGGUUGCACUGUUCGACAACCGCACGUGGUGCCGUCACGGCGUGGCGGAGGAGUUUGACUACAUCAGCCACCACCACGCCUGGAAACACCCCCAGGUCAACGUCUUUAUCACACUCAUCCUCUUCAUCCUCAUGAAGUUCUGGAUGUCCGCUGUGGCCACCACCAUGCCUGUUCCAUGCGGCGCCUUCAUGCCAGUUUUUCUUAUCGGCGCUGCAUUUGGCCGACUUGUUGGAGAAAUCAUGGCGACCAUGUUUCCUGAUGGCAUACAUGCUGACGGCAGCGUGUAUCCCAUAGUUCCUGGCGGUUAUGCUGUAGUUGGUGCUGCCGCGUUGUCUGGAGCUGUCACCCACACUGUAUCCACAGCGGUCAUAGUGUUUGAGCUGACUGGUCAGAUCUCCCACAUCCUGCCUGUGAUGAUCGCUGUGAUCCUGGCCAACGCCGUGGCCCAGUCGCUGCAACCCUCGCUGUACGACUCCAUCAUCCGCAUCAAGAAACUUCCUUAUCUGCCUGAACUGGGCAUGGGCCAUCACGAGAAGUAUAAUAUCCGUGUGGAGGACAUCAUGGUUAGGGAUGUGCGCUUCAUCACCCUUAACUCUUCCUAUCGGGAUCUGCAGGAGAUGCUGCUGACUGGUCAGCUCAAAACACUGGCCCUGGUGGAAUCCAGAGAAUCCAUGAUCCUGCUGGGCUCCAUCGAGCGGCUGCAGCUUCAGUCUCUGCUCUCUCUUCAGCUGGGCCGCCAGCGGAGGCUGGAGUACCUCCGCCAGCUGGCCCAGGACAACGGCACCCAGGAUCAUCUGCCCAGCCUGACCACCGACAGCACACCCAGCUCCCCCUGCACCCACACCCACUCCAAUACCUCGACCAACACCAACGCUCGCCAAGCGGUCCGCUUCCUGAUCUCCACAGAGGAGUCUUCCUCCUUCAGUCCAGUGGUUACCAAUGUCCAGCUUCCUCUGAAAUCUGCCUUGAAAACUGUGUCGGCCAUCAGCGACACCGAGACGCCAAAUAGCUCUCAGACCCUCUCCUGUGCUGACCAAGACAAGGAGCUGCUGGAGAGCCCGGCUGGGCCGGCUCCUCCUGAAAAAAGAAAGCCCAAGUCCAAACGAGUGAGGAUCUCCAUGGCGGACUCUACUGAAGUGGAAGAUUGCAUGACCCCAUCAGAGAUAGCUGAGUGGGAGGAGCAGCAGCUUGAUGAGCCGGUGGAUUUCAAGAACUGCAAGAUUGAUCCAGCCCCCUUCCAGCUGGUGGAGCAAACAUCUCUGCAUAAGACUCACACUAUCUUCUCCCUGCUGGGUCUGGAUCAUGCCUACGUGACCAGCAUGGGACGUCUGGUUGGAGUGGUUUCUCUCAAAGAGCUGCGGAAGGCCAUAGAGGGCUCAGUGACAGUGACAGGAGUAAAAGUGCGCCCUCCGUUGGCCAGUUUCCGCGACUGUGGCAACAGCACAAGCGUAUCCGAGGUAACCGAACUACACAAGCUGUGCAUCCGCCACAGGGGGCUCUCGUUGCCACGGGAACCCAACCCUCCUGACGUGGAGGAGCAGCCAGAUCUCGCGUACAAAGAGAUCCCUGUCAACUUCUCGGACCAGUCCAAUUUGCAGUUUGAAACCAGCCCCGGCGAUGUCACAAACCAGUCGUCGGAGUCAGUGCUCCAGGAAAGCCCCUCGUUCACCGAGGAACAAUCUGAGUUUACUUUUGACUGCAGCCCCUCCCACACUGAGGAAUCAGAGCUGGCCUGUGACUAUGACCCCCCCACCCAAACUCCUGAGCCGGACGAAACAGAGCAAGAAGAACAGGGGAGUCCAUCUCUGAACAAGGACCUAUCAGAACCUGAGGGAGAGGGUAUCCCCACUCACACUGAGGAUCAACCAAAAUGAUCAGAGGGGAUUCAUGCUGUCGCCUCAUGAAUGUUGACGUUUCUUACAUUUGUAGAGGUCACUCUCACCUCCAAGUCCAGCCUAGAUACCAGUGUUUCUAAUGUUGUUGUGGCGUGAGUGAGCGAGUGAGAGUGAGCGUGAGUAGGUGUGACAUUUAGUAUUGUGUUACUGUGGAAAUGCUCAGAUAAAAUGUGUCGUAACGGAUAAAGCUGGUUUUAUUCUAUGUUUUUAUUAUUGUCUACAAAUCCCAUGAAAAGAUCUGAUUUCCCUGCCGUGUCUGUGGCUCUUUCAUUCCUGUUGAAGACUUAAAUCUUUAAAGGGAAACUCCACCAAUUUUACGCAUCAAAGUCUGUUUACUUCAGGUGUUGGGUGGUACAAUGCAUAAUGUGAAGUAAAGUCAUAUAAAGGCCAACAGUGUUAUAGGAGUGCAAUGAUAAAUCUCUUUUAAAAACAAGUAACAAAUAUAUACUGUAUCUUAAUUGAGUUUGGAAGUUAAUUGGAAACAGCAGUUAGCAAAAGAAUCUCACCACAAGGUCCAUUUAAUAGCAGUUUUUGGAGUUUCCAAUCAUAUCACAUGGUGUUUAUUAACAGAUAGAGUUUGCUCAGUUGUUCAGGAAUUGCAGAUGUUAAAAUACUUUAAGGGGUUCUUGGCCACGUUGACUUAAAGGUUGAGGUGAAACUGGGGAGUCCAAGGUCAAGAAUGACCUUUCAAACUCAAUUUCAUGAGAACUAAACAAAUAGACCUUCAGGCAAGAUUAUUUUGUCAAUAUAAUUUAAAUUUUUUUUAAAGGCCAGAUAAUUUCCUAAAACAGCUGAGUGCUGUAGGUUAUAUUACUCGAAACUAGAAUAAAUCCGUUUGGUGGGGACUAUUUUCAUCUAUUAUUCUAGUGAGUAUUUACAGCACUCUAUCUAGUCUAUUUAUGUGGGACAUGUGCUCAUAUUGUGCCCAAAUCCAUCAUGAUGAAAGAACUUGUCACCCAGUGCAACGGCGUGGCUCAUUAUUAUAAGUUAAAUAAUUUUCUAAAGCAGCUGAUGCUGUAGUUUCUAACAGGAGAAAAUAAAGAAUUUGUUGGCAAACAAUUUUCAGCUUCAUCUUCAGGAACAUCUCAACCUGCGCAACAACGUGGCUCAUUAAUGUGUUUUUAAUUGUUUUUUUGUGGAGGAGAAUAAAGUAUAGCAGGCUUUAUCUACAAACACAACACUAGCUCUUGAUUUGGUACGAAAGGAAGAAAAACAUAGAAUAUUUCCAGCUUCAUCUUUUAGAUGUGUGUGUAUGUGUGUGAACAUUUGUGUGUGUGUGUGUGUGUGUGUGAGAGACACUUUUCAACACUUUCCUUGCCAUGCUCAAAUCUGGUCCAGAUUCUUCAACAUAAUUUGAGUCUUCAUGUCAAAAUAACAUCCUGUUAACAUGACUUCAAACAUUACAAGGAGAGAAAUAAGCCACAGGGAAAAAUAAAAGGAGCAAAUAAUAAUAGAGACGAAAGCACAGAAGAACAAAGACAUGGUAAAUUAUUCUAAUGAGCACAUGACAGUAUGAAUAAAACUACCUAUUCACUAGCACUGGACUAAUACAUCAGAGGGCCAGAAUUAAUGGCUAAUAAUAUUAAUAAGAUAUAGUGGUGUUGGUUAUAUGUUGGCUGAUAUGCAAUAAAUUUACAGUAAUAAUCACCAAAAGAUUAUUUAAUAGCAACACUGUCAUCACUAGUUUGUCCAGACAUUGUUUACAACUCUGCAGUGUCACAACAUGUCAUUAUCCGCAUAUAUUUUUUAUUUUACUACAAAAUAUUGGUGUCCAUAUCAGCCCCCGAACAUCCCCAAUCAGCUGGGAUCUACUGUUAACAUGAUGAAAAAGGCAGCUUCCAAAGGUCCACCAGGCUUAGUACAGGGCUCCAAAUAACGAUGAAGCACAUUGUAAGUACCAUGAGUAUAAUUUACUGCACAUGUAGCCUUGUUUGGCUUUAUAGGGGCUGAUUCAAUAAUGGCAAUGUAGUCUUGUCACUUGAACUGCCUCUACAUUUUCCGCUAUGUGAAUUUAGUGUGUUUAACGUGUUUCUAGCAUGAUAAAGGAACAACACUUGAGCUCCGGGUGAAAAGGAAGAUACUGGCUGUUGUACAGAGCACACAAACACACACACACACACACAUACACACACACACACUUAUACGCACACAUGUAUGCGGCCUGUAGAUAUUAACACCGUGAUAUGUUACACGUAUCUUAAUCCAGCCUGGCCUCUAAUGCAAUGCUGAGAAAUGUAACUGUUAUGAAGCACAGUGAUACCCACGAGUUCAAAAACUGUUGUAGAGCAAAGUGUGUGUGUGAGUCCUUGUUAACGACCUUCAAAAUGGAUGUCAAGUAAUUUAGCUUCAUGCAACAAAUUUCGAGCCAUAUUUCAAUCUUAUGUGAUAUCAUUCACAGCACACCGACUUGGGCUCAUUUUUGUCUGUGUAAACAUUUGUGCAACGAUUUAUUAACGUCUUAACUUUUUGUUUGCAUAUAGAAUGUGAAGUAGUGCUCGCCAUAUAAGAUAACGUAUAAGGAGUUAAAUGUAGAGAGUGUAUAAGCUAAUUUGCAGCGUAUCUAGUUAAGCAAUAAGUCUGUAGUAUCUCCCUUUAUAUAGCACUGGCCUGUAUAUGCUUUGUACAUAUGAAAAUACACGGAUGAGAUCUACUUACAUGCUAUUGUACAUAGGAGAAUUAUGCAUUUGAAAUCCAACAGCCAUUGUUAUUUUUCAGAGAACAUGAAAUUGUUUUUGUACAUGAGUGAAUGAUUAAAUUGAA